AUGCCCUUUGGUCUCACAAACGCCCCUGCAGCUUUUCAACACUUUAUGAAUGAUCUGUUCAGGGACCUGAUCGACGUCACUGUGGUUAUAUAUCUGGAUGAUAUACUGAUCUUCUCAGAAAACCCUGAGGACCACCCAACCCACGUCAGGGAGGUCUUAUCACGGCUAAUGAAAAAUCAGUUAUUCUGCAAACUUUCUAAGUGCCACUUCCAUGUAACAACAGUAGACUACCUUGGUAUCGUCAUUUCUCCAGCUGGGUUCUCAAUGGACCAGAAGAAGAUCGAGGCCGUCACUUCCUGGCCCACGCCCAAAACAGUUAAGCAAGUCCAAGCCUUCCUAGGGUUUGUUAACUACCUUAGGCGCUUCAUUCCCAACUUUAGCUCCGUUGCACGCCCCCUGCAUAAUCUCACGAGAAAGGAAACCCCCUGGUCAUGGGGUAACCGGGAGGAAGAAGCGUUCCAGGAAUUGAAGUCCCUUGUUACCCAAUCGCCCGUCCUCAUUCAUUCCAACCCAGACCUGCCCUAUUACCUAGAAACAGACGCAUCAGGGGUAGCUAUGGGAGCCAUACUGAGUCAACGAGGGGAGGACAACCGGCUUCACCCGAUUGCAUAUAUGUCCAAGUCCUUCUCAGGCGCUGAAGCUAAUUAUGAUACGCAUGACAAGGAACUUCUAGCUAUCAUUAAGGCACUAGAAGAAUGGCGCAUUUUCCUGGAAGCAACGGAUAGACCAAUACAAGUCUUCACGGAUCAUAGGAACCUGGAAUAUUGGAUGCAGGCUCAAACCUUCAACCGCAGGCACGCACGAUGGCGCAUUUUCCUGAGUGACUUCAACUUUGAGAUACAUUAUCGGCCAGGAAAGCAGUCAGGGAAACCAGACGCGUUAUCUAGAAGGUCCGAUUACGUAGAUACACCUGCAGAUCCAGAAGUCAUGUUACCAGCGGAAGUAUUUGCCAACACGUCGGAAGAGGAACUUGAAAUUGUCACGGAAAUCCGCACUAAACUCAGGGAUGAUCCAUCACUAGAACCCAUCAUCACAUUCCUGACAGAGGACGCAGACGACGCACCCCCAUCCAUCCAAAAAGCCUAUAGGGACUACGAUUGGGAAGAGGAUCUCCUAUGGUACCGCGGAAAACUAGUGGUCCCGGACUCAGAACCCCUGAAGGAACGAUUGUUAAGGGAAUUCCACGACUCCCCCCUGGCAGGACACCCCGGGCAACAAAGAACCCUAGAACUCUUGAGCCGCAACUACUGGUGGCCAGGAAUGAAGUCAUCUGCUAAGGAAUGGGUAGAAUGCUGUCCUACCUGCCAAGCCAACCGUCGCGCACACGCCCCCGUCAUUUCCCUGAAACCCUUAGAAGUCCCGCCGUUCCCUUUUCACACAAUAUCCUAUGACUUCAUCACGGGAUUCCCUAAGUCUAACGGGUACGAUGCAAUUCUAGUUGUGAUUGACUCCUUCUCCAAGUUUGGCCACUUCAUCCCAACCACAAAAAAGGUCACAGCCAAAGGCCUAGCGGAACUGUUCAUCACCCACGUGUGGAAGUUACACGGACUACCAGUCAAGACAGUUUCGGACCACGGAACCACAUUCACAGGGAAAUUCCUAAGGGCACUGUACCAACGCCUUGGGAUCAACCCGGCCUUCUCCUCAGCCUACCACCCGGAAUCGGACGGCCAAACAGAAAGGGUAAAUCAGUUCAUAGAAUUCUACCUCAGAUCAUAUGUUGCCGCCGACCACUCGGACUGGGCCACCUGGUUGCCAUUAGCGGAAUACGCCUACAAUAACGCAAAGCAUUCCUCCACCGGAAGAACCCCUUUUGAAUUGGUUUACGGAAGAAAUCCGGUCAUGAAUCCGUCCAAUAUCCCUGCCAACGUCCCGGAAGCUGAUCAAGUAGCCAGUAUACUAGCACAAGAAUGGCAAGAGGCGGAGUCAGCACUCAGGAUGACCAAAGAACGCAUGAUAGGCACAAAAGGAGUGGUACCAGAAUACUCAGUAGGCAAGAAGGUCUGGCUGGACGGGAAAAACGUAGAACUUAGAACAAACUCCAACAAGCUGGACCCCAAACGGCUAGGACCAUUUGAAGUUGUUGAAAAGAUCUCCAGCCACGCGUACCGCCUCAAACUACCGAUUACUCUAAAAAUUCAUGACGUAUUCUAUGUAGGAUUACUAUCCAAGGCGCAUGAAUCCCCAAGUCAGCCUUUUCCGGACCGUCCUCCCCCUGAAACAAUAAAAGGAGAGGAGGAAUAUGAGGUGGAACAGAUCAUAGAUUCCAAGAGGCAACGGGGAAAGUGGUUUUAUCUGAUCAAAUGGAAAGGGUACGGACCAGAAGACAACUCCUGGGAACCAGAGGAGCUGCUGGAGCACAGUCAAGAAGAAAUCCAUCGCUUCAAUAGAUCACGACUGAAAAAGGCUUGUGACUCCGCCAAGAGCCUUUAA